AUGAGUGAAAGCGAUAUCAUUGGUUCUUUAAAAGCAAUUGGUGAAUACAAUGAAGACAAAGAUGAAGAUAUUUCUUGUUUGAGGCAGAAAUUAAUUAGGAUUGAAAGAACAAGGCACUUUAAGACUUGGCAUGAUUUGUCCACAGUUUCAAACCACAGUCAUUUGGUGUUCAUGGUGACAUUGCUAUAUGAUCCUGCUGUUUACUACACAAAUGAAGAAUUUAAGAUCAAGACCAAGCAAGAAGUAGAUGUGCAGGCCAAAGUAGAAGUACCACAAGUUCACAUCAUAGCCAGAUCAAGCUCUGCUGAUAGUGAACAGUUGGCUUACAUUGAGACUAGAACAGAGUGUCUUUGUAAAUUAACUGAUCCUAUCAGUACAGAAAAUGGGAAUGAAGUGACCGAUGUCAUGCGAUUCUUUCAUGGAGACAGUCCAGCUAGGCAAUACGAAAGUGGGCAGCAGAAAGGUGGACACUUUUACUGCCCUGUGUGUGGUGCUAAUGCACAUCGGGUCUAUGAAUUAGAGUAUUGUCUAAGAUCCAAAUACAUCUCCCUAGCAGAGAGACAACAGGUAGUUUUGCAAGGGCCUAUUGGCCAAAAGAAAUCACUGGAAAGAAACAACAAGCCUUUUGCAAAACUAUCAAAACAAGAACUUAUCAGAGAAUUGUCGGCCAGAGGAAUCUAUGAAGGCAAUCGUAAAGACGAACUGGAGAAACUUCUCACUGACGAACUGCAUGGCAUCCAGAGAGUUCCAGCGUUGCUGUUUCAUACACCAAACAAGGGCUUGGAGACCAUCAAUUGCCAGAAUUAUGAGAUCCUACCAUUUGAGCCAUUACACGAUAUCGGUAAACAUAUUGAAAAUGUAUUUGAGGAAUUACCACAUCAUCUCGAAAGGGAUCAGGCGAAACCAAUUUUAGAUGUUUUGGACGUCGCAUUGAAUGGCAAAGAUACCAAAAGGACAUUUGACUACCGAUGUUCACUAGUUCAGGUAUCCCUCCAUACCAGAGGAAAAAUUCCUUCCAAGGCUCAACAUCUUCUUGAUACGCUUGUUGAAAUCCAACAAAUUGCCUAUGCCUCAGAGAAAGCCAGGACACCAAGACAAGUUCUACGGUUCCACAAUCUAACAUGGCUACAUGGGAUUUUGUGCACGGAAGUUAUUGGGUUUCAAUUAAAGAAACUUACUUGUAGAAAGCUUUACGGCAACUAUUUCCACAACAUAACCUCCCAUGCAGCAAUGCAAAAUCGAAUUAUUAAUGGUAGAUCAAGCAAUGUUGAAGAGCAGGAAAGAGUUUUCAACACCAUUAAGAAUAUUACAAAGGGAACAUCAUCAAAUCACCCCAAUCAACUCAUUGGCAAUAUCCUGGUGAGAAUGCAAGCUGAAGGUAAACUUAAAGAUUACCAAAAUGUUGUGUGUAAUCAACAGAAGCAAGUCACCAAAUUAGCAAAUGCAUUGCCAUCAUUUGGAAACAGCACCUUUUCUCGCGCUUUCUUGGUUAAACACAGCAAAUCAUGGCAAGCUCACUUAGAAAACAUCAGUGAUUACCUUUUACAUGGGGAAGGAAUUUGGUGGAAAAAAACUGAGAAUGAGAGUAUUGAGUUUUAUGAUGCUGUUGAAAACCCAGACUAUCAACCAGAGGGCCCUGUACUCCACCACUUCAGAUCUACAACAUUUGAAGGUGAGCAGAAAUAUCUUGCAGCAUCCUGGAAAAUCUGUCUGGACAAAAAAGUCGAACUACCAUUAGUUGUUCUGCGGGUUCCAGAUCAGAAUGGAAAUAUGAUCAUUGCUAGUAACCCAACCCAAGAAGAUGCACAAGUGAGCAGAGUUAUCCACCCUGAACCUAUUUCAGAAGACGACACACCAUCUUUCCAUGACACACCAGAUGAAAAUAAUUUGCCAUUUACUUUGGCUGUAUGCAAUGAUAUAUUAUUGGACGAUCAGGAGCUAAACUAUGAAGGUAUGUAGUACAUGGUUAUGGAACUGUAUUUAUAGUGUUAAUUUUAUGUUGUGAAGGUGCUAUAAUCAUCCUCAUACUUGCAGCUGAGAGCUAAUUAAGAUGUAGUGCAAAGGAUGCAGCUCAACAUGAUCUGGCCUGUUUGAGGCUUUCUAUCGGUGCCUCUGGGAGCGACCGUAUGACUCAUGUCUGAUCAUGAAGCACCCGGAGAAAACCCACAACUUUUGCUAGAGCAUUGCCAGCUAUCUCAAUGUUACAUGGACAUAUGAUUUAAUUUCAUUUAGCGGUUGUUUACAUAAUUAUACAAUACUGGGAUAAAAAAUUGCUCAAACCAUGUAUAUAACAUGUUAUAAUAAUUCGCAAAAAGAGUAUAGCCAAAUUAGGAAAAAAGAAUUAUAAUUUUUUUUCUAUUAUUUUAGGUUUCCCCCAAACUGAUGAGAACAACUGCAGAGAUGCUACUCCAACUGACUCAAGAGAAGUCAUCAUGGAACCAGCUGUCAAUGAAGUUUCCACAAUGGGACCUUCCACAAGUGAAGUAAAUCUCAGUCCUAAUCAAAACAGUUUAGAAUCUGUUGAAUUAAGUGUAGAUAAAGAGAUGCAAAAAGAGAUGGCGUAUAAGUGUUCAUCUAGCAAAAUAAGUCGGGCAGUUGAGACAGUGUUAGGGCUCACACAAGAUGUCAUCCAGUUUGAUAAAGCCAGAGUUAGGCAUAAGCAACAUCCUAAAAAUGCCACUUACUCCAAAGAUCAUGAUAAAAUGCUGGCUAUUAUUCACACAAGAAUAUCCAAGCAAAGGCGACUCAUCAAAGAAGAAAUAAACAGCUGGGAGAAGGAGUUUUACUCGACAAAUGGUGAACUGCCAACAAAACAGGAUAUGACAGACAACCUUGCUAUGAAACAGGCGUUAAAACGACUACAAUGUGCAGACCGUCUCCUCGAAAAAUUUGUAAACGGGUAG